AUGGGUAUCUCAGGCCUUUUGCCUCUGCUGAAGGAGGCUCAGGAGCCUGGUCACAUCAGGGAUUUCGCCGGAAAGAGGCUUGCCGUCGACGCCUACGUCUGGCUUCACAAGGGAGCCUUCGGGUGCGCCGAGGACCUCGUCAAGGGCAAGAAGACAGUCGCGUUCGUCAAGUACGCCAUCCAGCGCGUCCGCAUGCUCCGCAUGAACAACGUCGAGCCCCUCAUUGUGUUCGACGGUGGACCGCUUCCAGCCAAGAAGGGCACUGAAGACUCGCGAGCCAAGUCUCGAGCAGACCACAUGGCGAGAGCGCUUGCGUUAGAGGCGCAAGGACGGCUGAAAGACGCACGUGACUGUUACACCAAGUGUAUCGACAUCACGCCGGAAAUGGCGUACCAGCUGAUCAAGGUCGAGAACGUCGACUACAUUGUCGCUCCUUACGAGGCCGACGCGCAGCUGUGCUUUCUCGAGAAGGAAGGCUACGUUGACGGCAUCAUCACGGAGGACUCCGACCUGCUCGUGUUCGGAUGCAAGACGGUCGUAUUCAAGAUGGACAAGGAUGGCAACUGCGUAUACGUCAAGAGGACGAAUAUCGCAACUGUACGCGACUUGCCCAUGCAUGGGUGGACGGAUACGCAGUUCAGACGCAUGGCGGUGAGCUCAAUAGUGCGGAUGCAAGCUAACCAACAGAUGCUGUCAGGCUGCGACUACCUGCCUUCCAUCGUUGGCAUCGGACUGAAGAAAGCCCACCGCCUGCUGCGGCGCUUGAAGACGGUUGAGAGGGUCAUUCAGAGUAUACGUCUCGACGGAGCGCACUUAGUACCCGACGGCUACAUUGAGGCGUUCAACCAGGCAGAGCUCGCUUUCCUGCAUCAGAGGGUGUACUGCCCGCACGAGAAGCGGCUCGUUCCUCUGUGCGAGUUCCCCGCUUCAGGUCUCAGCGGCGACGAUGAGAAGUGGAUCGGUCUCGACGUCGAGCCAAUGGUGGCGCAGGGCAUGGCCUUGGGAGAUCUCCACCCCGAGUCGCGGAAGCCGAUAGAGGAUUUGUGGCCAAACUUCGACGGCAAGAUCGAUAUCAGGGACAGCAAGCCCAGUGCUCCUACUGAUGCUCGGCCAACGGGAACGUUGGAAACGUUCGGAUUCUCCAUCCAAAGGUCAGAGUCAGCUCGCAUCGCCCCCGCCGUGGGUCGCGUCGGGAGCUUCUCGUCUGGCCCGAAGUCUCUGUCUCAGCUUGGGGGCACCCGCAAACCGCCGACUCGUAGCGAGUCGCAGCCCACCGCCAAGAGCGGCACCGCCAGCAAGUACUUCUCCCUCUCGCACGAGAAGGAGAACCACCUGGACAUUCACGACGAGGAGAUGCCCGACGUCGAGUCACAGCACGAGGAGACACUGCGAUCGCCGACUCCAGAGGUCAAUCGAUCUUCGUCACCGUUCGCCUCCCCUCCUUUCGCAGAGGAGGCUAAAUCCCCAUCGCCGAUCCGCAUGUCCUCUCCGACAUCGCACAUCUCAUCGCCGAGCACCACCCCGUACAAAGGGAUCCCAUUCUCUUCUCCGAUCGAGAAUCAAGCCGAGCAAUGGGGUCGGCCUCCGUCACCAGCACCGACCGAGCGCUCCGAGCCGCCCUCCCCUACCCCCACGAAGCGUGUGUUGGUCGCUGCUUCGUCUCAGUACUCUGAAGCACCGCACCUCGCGUUACCGCCCUCAGAUCGGUCGACGCCUUCUCGUUCCCAUAAGAUCAACGUCCUCGUCCCAGCCUCAUCGGGAGCUACUGCACUCGGUGCCGUAUUCUCCUCCGACUCAGUGGUCGAAGAGGAGAUAGUGACUCCCACACAGGCCGAGCAGAAGAAAUCGAAGAGGAAGCGAACUGUCGUGGUCGAGGACGAGCAAACUGAUGAAGAGAGAGCCGCCCAGCGGAGGGCUACGAUCGUCGCGGCGGGGUGGAGGGCCAGGUACUCCUUCGGUUCGGCGUCGUCCUCGUCACCCGCCUCCUCGUCCACUGCGCCGCAACCCAAAGCGGCUAGGGUUGCGCCAAUUCCGAGAACGACAAAGGUCCCUCUCACAUCGACCCUGGGUGUGCUGGCGUCCAAGGACAUGAACGUAGCGGACGAACCGCCGCAUCUGAAAGGUCCAGACGCGUCGAAGCGUGCACCUUUCGUCAAACCUGCUCAGCCGACGAAGCCAAAAUCUCAUGGCAUGACAUGCGCGGCGCUGCAAAAGUUCAGGUUCACCCGGUAA